CUCUCGUAGCCUAUUACCACAGAAACCGACACAUCCGGUCAUAUGAAUUAAAAAAAAAUUAAAAAUCUAGGUGUUUUCAUGUCUAAGGGCGGGUCCUCAUUUGCGUGUCCCUCUGGCGCGUGUGUCCAGAUUUCCAUACAGGUGCGUCUUCGGCUCCAGCCGCUCGUUUGACUGUCAAACCAGGCGGCGCGGCUUCCUUUUCCUCCGCCCUGCGCAUCCCGCAUCCAGUCGCUACCAGAGAGAAGCGCAGGGGAGUGCCCUGCACCGUGGCCAGCCGACACACACACACACACACACACACACACACAGCCUCCUCCUCCUCCUCUUCCUCCUCCUCCUGCACUGAAGCCGGACUCCUCCGCCGGGCAAAACUCCACCGACUCCCGACUACCAGCUGCUGUUGUCGCUGUCAAAGCCCCGUCUGCAUCUCCCAUCAGCCGGCUGCACACUAAAAUCGACCCGCGGUCCUCUCCGGUAGGCCUGACGCAGUAGCAUCAUGGAGGAGUUAGACGUUCCACAGAUGAGGAGAGAAGUGGAAAGCCUUCAGUAUCAGCUGGCAAUCAACAGAGAGAAAUCCUCCAUCACCGUUACUGAGCUGGUGAAGUGGAUCGAGGGUUGUGUUUGUGAAGAUCCAUUUCUGAACCCUGAGCUGAUGAGAGCUAACCCCUGGGUGGAGAAGGGCAAGUGUGUGAUCCUCUAAUGGUCACACACACACAAUCACAGAUGCAUAUAAACUAAAGAAUCAUGCACUCCCACGCAAAGUCACGCUGCACUAACCCACCCAUUCUCUCCCCCUCUCACACACACACACACACACACACACACACAUUAUUGCUAUCAUCAUGUUUAUUUAUUGGGAGACUCCUGAAUGCUUUUAAUUUAUGUAAAGACUACUGUGUGUUUGUGUGUGAGCAUGCAGCACCGAGUAGCUUUCUAGAGGUUUGUUUUCAUGGACUGCUGAGAAAUGUUCAACAACACGUUUUUAUUGGCUCUUUACACUGUCAAUCAAAAUAAAGACUGUUUUGAAUUUAA